AUGGAAGAUUUUAGCAAUGAUGAUAUCAAUUACUUUAUUGCAAAGUUAAGUGAAGACUGUUCAAAAUCUUUCUUUGAUAAUUAUUAAAAUGAUUCUCAACUUUUGGGAAUAAAAUGUAUUUAAUUACACGUAUCAUUUAGUGGAUGAAUAGUUAAUAAAAUCUAUUAGAGAUAAAGAAGAGAUGAUGAAGACAAUGUUUGAUUUACUAAGUAUUUGGAUAUGACAAAUUUAGAUUAUAUUUUUAAUAAAUAGCAAAAAAUUCUUGCUGAUUAUGAAGAUCUGAAAAUUUAAGGUGAACAUAGUCUUUUGGUUUUGAAAUAAGAAAUAUAAUAAAAUCAAUAUUAAAUAGAACAAUUAUAAGUAAUUUGAUAUUUAAAUCCUAGACUUUGAAUGAGGAAAAUUAAGAAAAAAAUUAGCAAUUUCUUGACUAGAUAUAAGAAUUAGAAAAUUAGUUACAACAAAAGAAAUCUGAAAUUUUUUAAAUGAAAUAAAAUGAAGGGAGAAUAAGCCAAAAUCAUUAAGUAAUUUAUUCCAAUUUUAUUUAAUAGGCUCAUGAAAUUAAAUCUCAAGAACAAAAAGAGUAAUUAUAGAGUCUCUAAACUAAAGUACAACAGCUUGAAGAAAAUAACAGCAGAUUUAAAAGCGAAGCCAUAGCCUCAUUUAAUUUAUUGAGAUAAUACGAGAUGAAAUAAAAGGAUUAUGAAGAUAAAAUUGAAAUUUUAGAAUUGCAAUUAAAAAGUAAUCAAUUUAUUUAGUUAAGAUAAUUAAAGAGAAAAAGAAAAAUUGUCUAAAUAAUAUGAGGAAUUAUUCAAGAAAUAACAAUCAGAAAUUAUUACAUCUACUUAAAUUGGCAUAAAUAACAACUUUACUCACAAUUCUCCUCAUAAGUCAACUCGAAAGAAUAGUACUUAUUCUACCAAUAAUAACAAUCAUGAAACAAUAUAGAAAUUAAGACGAUAAAGUGGGUUUUUGAAUUAACCAAAAUUAGAAUAAAUCCAAAAAUAAAUCAAUAAUAUUCCUGAGUCUGAAAGUGAAUCUGAAGAUGAUAAUUAAUAAAACAGUGGAAAAACUUUGAAAUAGGAAAAGAACGAGAAAAAAAACAUUUAAAAAGAGCUGAAUACUUUAAAAAUAAAAAUUGAAGAAUUAGAAAAAUAAAAGGCAGAAAUGGAAAAAGAAUUGAUUUAAAACAAAGAAAUGAUUUCAAAUUAAGACACAAAAAUUAGAUAAUUAGAAACAAAUUUAAAAAAGAUGAAUCUAAGAUCAAACUAGUUGGAGAAGAAAGUUACAAAUUUGACAGAAGGUAAACUUGAAUAAUACUUUUAGAGAAAAAUGCUUUAGAAGAUUCUUAUAAGCAAGAAAAAUUAUUAGAAUAAGAUCAAUUAAAGAAAUAGAGUGAAGAUUUUAUGAUUAAGAUUAAAUUUUUAUAAAAUGAGAAUUAAUAACAAGCAUUAUAACUAAAGGAAUUAAACUAAUAUCGAAAUGAAUAUUAUGAACUACGUUUAUGUAAUCGCUUAUUAUAAAUAGAUUUUAUCAGAAAAUCUGAAAGAGGAAGACAAAAUGGAUGCAUUAUUGAGGGACCAUGAAUCUGCAGAAACUGCGCAUAGAUAAAGUAAAUAUAUAAAAUAAUUUAGUGUAAAAACAAUAUGAUUAGUAACUCUAUUAAAUAAACCUCAAUUAAAUUCUAAAUAUCUCUGAUGCUGAUUUGNGGCUGAUUAUGAAGAUCUGAAAAUUUAAGGUGAACAUAGUCUUUUGGUUUUGAAAUAAGAAAUAUAAUAAAAUCAAUAUUAAAUAGAACAAUUAUAAGUAAUUUGAUAUUUAAAUCCUAGACUUUGAAUGAGGAAAAUUAAGAAAAAAAUUAGCAAUUUCUUGACUAGAUAUAAGAAUUAGAAAAUUAGUUACAACAAAAGAAAUCUGAAAUUUUUUAAAUGAAAUAAAAUGAAGGGAGAAUAAGCCAAAAUCAUUAAGUAAUUUAUUCCAAUUUUAUUUAAUAGGCUCAUGAAAUUAAAUCUCAAGAACAAAAAGAGUAAUUAUAGAGUCUCUAAACUAAAGUACAACAGCUUGAAGAAAAUAACAGCAGAUUUAAAAGCGAAGCCAUAGCCUCAUUUAAUUUAUUGAGAUAAUACGAGAUGAAAUAAAAGGAUUAUGAAGAUAAAAUUGAAAUUUUAGAAUUGCAAUUAAAAAGUAAUCAAUUUAUUUAGUUAAGAUAAUUAAAGAGAAAAAGAAAAAUUGUCUAAAUAAUAUGAGGAAUUAUUCAAGAAAUAACAAUCAGAAAUUAUUACAUCUACUUAAAUUGGCAUAAAUAACAACUUUACUCACAAUUCUCCUCAUAAGUCAACUCGAAAGAAUAGUACUUAUUCUACCAAUAAUAACAAUCAUGAAACAAUAUAGAAAUUAAGACGAUAAAGUGGGUUUUUGAAUUAACCAAAAUUAGAAUAAAUCCAAAAAUAAAUCAAUAAUAUUCCUGAGUCUGAAAGUGAAUCUGAAGAUGAUAAUUAAUAAAACAGUGGAAAAACUUUGAAAUAGGAAAAGAACGAGAAAAAAAACAUUUAAAAAGAGCUGAAUACUUUAAAAAUAAAAAUUGAAGAAUUAGAAAAAUAAAAGGCAGAAAUGGAAAAAGAAUUGAUUUAAAACAAAGAAAUGAUUUCAAAUUAAGACACAAAAAUUAGAUAAUUAGAAACAAAUUUAAAAAAGAUGAAUCUAAGAUCAAACUAGUUGGAGAAGAAAGUUACAAAUUUGACAGAAGGUAAACUUGAAUAAUACUUUUAGAGAAAAAUGCUUUAGAAGAUUCUUAUAAGCAAGAAAAAUUAUUAGAAUAAGAUCAAUUAAAGAAAUAGAGUGAAGAUUUUAUGAUUAAGAUUAAAUUUUUAUAAAAUGAGAAUUAAUAACAAGCAUUAUAACUAAAGGAAUUAAACUAAUAUCGAAAUGAAUAUUAUGAACUACGUUUAUGUAAUCGCUUAUUAUAAAUAGAUUUUAUCAGAAAAUCUGAAAGAGGAAGACAAAAUGGAUGCAUUAUUGAGGGACCAUGAAUCUGCAGAAACUGUGCAUAGAUAAAGUAAAUAUAUAAAAUAAUUUAGUGUAAAAACAAUAUGAUUAGUAACUUUAUUAAAUAAACCUCAAUUAAAUUCUAAAUAUCUCUGAUGCUGAUUUGAUUUUUACAAGAGCAAGAAGUAAUGCAAGUGUCUUUAAAAAAAAGGAUAUCCCUAUUGAAUAAACUGAAAUUUUUAAAAAAAAACUGAAAGAAAAGCUAGAUCAAAGUUUAAAGAGUGCUCUUAUGUCAGAGUAGAACACUUCAGAUAUUUUAUAAAAAACACUACUUUAAGUAAAUGAAUAUGAAUUAUAAUUGAAAAAAAUUUAAGAAGAGAAUUAAAAAUUUAAACUAGAAAUUGAUGAACAAAAAAAAAAUAUUGAUUUGUUGAAUUUUAAAAAUAGAGAGCUUGAAAAUUAAAAUAGUAAAGAGAAAAUUGAAAUGAUUGAAUAGUUAAAGUUAUUGGAUUAGUAUAAAAUAAAGGUUCUUAAGAGUGAAGAACAAUUGAGUCUUAUGAAUGAAAAAGUUUAUAAUUUGUAAGAAACUGUGGAUUAAUAGUUUAAGGAUAUCAAAAAUCUUAAUGAAAAAAAUAUUCAAUAGAGUAAAUUAAUGGAUGAUUAAGCCAAAAUAUAUAAACAAGAAAUAGAUAGAUUAAAUGACAGAAAUGAAAAUAAAUAAUUAAAAUUAGAUCAGGCCUUAAUAGAGAUUUAACAUCUAACAACAGAUUAUAAAAUGGCUAAAAUAAAGAGUGAUAAUGAUAUUAAAAGUUUAACUGAUAGAAAUAAUAAAUUGUAAAAUUAAUAUGACUUACUUUUAAAAUAAAAGGAAUAAUAAGAGUCAGAAUUUAAUAGUGUUAACGAAAUUAAUUCGAAAAUGGAAUAAACCUUGUAAGCUGUAAUGAAAAAUUAUUCAGAUAUUGAAUAGAAAUGUGCAAAAUUAGAGAACGAAAAUAGAUAAAUUGAAUAAAGAGAUAAUUAAAUUUAAGCAGAAUUAGAAAUAGAAAAAGAAAAAUAUUUUAAAAAGUAGAUUGAAUUAGAAAAUUACAAAAUAGAUGUAGAAAAAUAAAAAGAAGAAAAUUUAGUAAAGUACAAUCGUAUUGAAUAAGAUAAAAAUCAAACAAUCGAAGAAAAUAAUUAGCUGAAAACUUUGAUUAAAGAGUUAAAAAUGAAUGAGACUCAAAUGAAUCAAUAAAAUGAAGAAUUAAAUAAGAAGAUUGAACAAUUAAUUAAUUAGAAUGAAGAGAAUUAGCAAAAAAUACAUUUACUAGAAGAAGAGAAGUAAAAAGAAAGUUAAAAGUUGAUACUCGAGUUGGAAGUGACAAAGAAAGAAUAAGAGCAUUAAGUCAACUCUCUCAAGGAAAAGCUCUUAGUGAGCGAGAAAAGCUCUCAGGAGACCCAAACUGAAUUGUAAUCUCUUAAAGAAUAAUAUAAAUAACUUUAACUUUCCUUGACUGCUUCCAAUUCAGAAGCUCACAAAUAAAUUGAAGACUUGUAAUUAAAAUACAAUCGUGUUGAAAAAGAUAAAAAUCAAACAAUCGAAGAAAACAACGAGUUGAAAACUACGAUUAACAAGUUAGAAAUGAAUGAGACUCAAUUGAAUUAAUAUAAUGAAUAAUUAAAUAAGAAGAUCGAACAAUUAAUUAAUUAGAAUGAAGAGAAUAAGCAAAAAAUAAAUUUACUAGAAGAAGAGAAGUAAAAAGAAAGUUAAAAGUUGAUACUCGAGUUGGAAGUGACAAAGAAAGAAUAAGAGCAUUAAGUCAAUUCUCUCAAGGAAAAGCUCUUAGUGAGCGAGAAAAGCUUUCAGGAGACCCAAACUGAAUUGUAAUCUCUUAAAGAAUAAUAUUAAUAACUUUAACUUUCCUUGACUGCUUCUAAUUCAGAAGCUCACAACUUGAUUGAAGACUUGUAAUUAAAAUACAAUCGUAUUGAAUAAGAUAAAAAUCAAACAAUCGAAGAAAAUAAUUAGCUGAAAACUUUGAUUAAAGAGUUAAAAAUGAAUGAGACUCAAAUGAAUCAAUAAAAUGAAGAAUUAAAUAAGAAGAUUGAACAAUUAAUUAAUUAGAAUGAAGAGAAUUAGCAAAAAAUACAUUUACUAGAAGAAGAGAAGUAAAAAGAAAGUUAAAAGUUGAUACUCGAGUUGGAAGUGACAAAGAAAGAAUAAGAGCAUUAAGUCAACUCUCUCAAGGAAAAGCUCUUAGUGAGCGAGAAAAGCUCUCAGGAGACCCAAACUGAAUUGUAAUCUCUUAAAGAAUAAUAUAAAUAACUUUAACUUUCCUUGACUGCUUCCAAUUCAGAAGCUCACAAAUAAAUUGAAGACUUGUAAUUAAAAUACAAUCGUGUUGAAAAAGAUAAAAAUCAAACAAUCGAAGAAAACAACGAGUUGAAAACUACGAUUAACAAGUUAGAAAUGAAUGAGACUCAAUUGAAUUAAUAUAAUGAAUAAUUAAAUAAGAAGAUCGAACAAUUAAUUAAUUAGAAUGAAGAGAAUAAGCAAAAAAUAAAUUUACUAGAAGAAGAGAAGUAAAAAGAAAGUUAAAAGUUGAUACUCGAGUUGGAAGUGACAAAGAAAGAAUAAGAGCAUUAAGUCAAUUCUCUCAAGGAAAAGCUCUUAGUGAGCGAGAAAAGCUUUCAGGAGACCCAAACUGAAUUGUAAUCUCUUAAAGAAUAAUAUUAAUAACUUUAACUUUCCUUGACUGCUUCUAAUUCAGAAGCUCACAACUUGAUUGAAGACUUGUAAUUAAAAUACAAUCGUAUUGAAUAAGAUAAAAAUCAAACAAUCGAAGAAAAUAAUUAGCUGAAAACUUUGAUUAAAGAGUUAAAAAUGAAUGAGACUCAAAUGAAUCAAUAAAAUGAAGAAUUAAAUAAGAAGAUUGAACAAUUAAUUAAUUAGAAUGAAGAGAAUUAGCAAAAAAUACAUUUACUAGAAGAAGAGAAGUAAAAAGAAAGUUAAAAGUUGAUACUCGAGUUGGAAGUGACAAAGAAAGAAUAAGAGCAUUAAGUCAACUCUCUCAAGGAAAAGCUCUUAGUGAGCGAGAAAAGCUCUCAGGAGACCCAAACUGAAUUGUAAUCUCUUAAAGAAUAAUAUAAAUAACUUUAACUUUCCUUGACUGCUUCCAAUUCAGAAGCUCACAAAUAAAUUGAAGACUUGUAAUUAAAAUACAAUCGUGUUGAAAAAGAUAAAAAUCAAACAAUCGAAGAAAACAACGAGUUGAAAACUACGAUUAACAAGUUAGAAAUGAANUUGAAUAGAAAUGUGCAAAAUUAGAGAACGAAAAUAGAUAAAUUGAAUAAAGAGAUAAUUAAAUUUAAGCAGAAUUAGAAAUAGAAAAAGAAAAAUAUUUUAAAAAGUAGAUUGAAUUAGAAAAUUACAAAAUAGAUGUAGAAAAAUAAAAAGAAGAAAAUUUAGUAAAGUACAAUCGUAUUGAAUAAGAUAAAAAUCAAACAAUCGAAGAAAAUAAUUAGCUGAAAACUUUGAUUAAAGAGUUAAAAAUGAAUGAGACUCAAAUGAAUCAAUAAAAUGAAGAAUUAAAUAAGAAGAUUGAACAAUUAAUUAAUUAGAAUGAAGAGAAUUAGCAAAAAAUACAUUUACUAGAAGAAGAGAAGUAAAAAGAAAGUUAAAAGUUGAUACUCGAGUUGGAAGUGACAAAGAAAGAAUAAGAGCAUUAAGUCAACUCUCUCAAGGAAAAGCUCUCAGUGAGCGAGAAAAGCUCUCAGGAGACCCAAACUGAAUUGUAAUCUCUUAAAGAAUAAUAUAAAUAACUUUAACUUUCCUUGACUGCUUCCAAUUCAGAAGCUCACAAAUAAAUUGAAGACUUGUAAUUAAAAUACAAUCGUGUUGAAAAAGAUAAAAAUCAAACAAUCGAAGAAAACAACGAGUUGAAAACUACGAUUAACAAGUUAGAAAUGAAUGAGACUCAAUUGAAUUAAUAUAAUGAAUAAUUAAAUAAGAAGAUCGAACAAUUAAUUAAUUAGAAUGAAGAGAAUAAGCAAAAAAUAAAUUUACUAGAAGAAGAGAAGUAAAAAGAAAGUUAAAAGUUGAUACUCGAGUUGGAAGUGACAAAGAAAGAAUAAGAGCAUUAAGUCAAUUCUCUCAAGGAAAAGCUCUUAGUGAGCGAGAAAAGCUUUCAGGAGACCCAAACUGAAUUGUAAUCUCUUAAAGAAUAAUAUUAAUAACUUUAACUUUCCUUGACUGCUUCUAAUUCAGAAGCUCACAUAUUGUAUCAAGAAUUGUUACAAGAAUAGCAUAAAAAAGAAGAAAAACAUUAAAAAGAGCUUAAUUAAUUUUCAGAUUAAAUACAUGAACUGAAUAAAUACCUUGUGCAUUAUGAAAGUUAAAAUUAAGAACUUAAUUCGGCUAUUUAACAACUUAUACUUGCUUAAAGAUUAUCAAAUUAACAUAAUACUUAAUAGUACAUCCAAGAAUAAUUAUAAAUAAUUGUGUUAGAAUCAAUUAUUCAAAAUAUUUCAUUAGAGGCUACAUCAUAACAAUCAAAAUCUUUAAAGCAAUUCUAAGAAGACUAAUAAACAAUUCAAAAUUUAAAUUCAACUCUCGAUUAAUUAUCUAUCAGCUGUUAAGCCUUACAAAAGUUAAACAAUGAACUUGAUUAAGAAUUAAUUAGAGUUUAAACAAUUUCUAAGGAAGACUCUAAUAUGAUUUAGUAGCUAAAAAAUUAACUUACUUUAAAGGAUUAAGAUAUUAAUUCUAUUAAGCUCUAAUAUCAAAAGUUUGAAUAACAACAAAAUAAAAGUUUGUAAGAUUUAGAAGAUUUGAGAAUUUUAUUUGAGUAAAUACAAAAAGAGAAGCUCCAACUUGAAAUUCAUUUAGCCGAAUAAUAUUAGCUCGUUAAAGAGGCUCAUGCUUAGUAGAAUAUUUAUUCUUAGUAAUUAACAGAAAGUAAGUUAGAAGUGUAAAAUUUAAAAAAUCAAAUUUCUAAAAUUUCAGAAAAAGAACAAGAUUAAAGUGUAGAAACCUAAAACUUAAAAUAAUAAAUUGAAUAAUUGACUGAAGAGAAGCUUUACUUUUAAGAAUUAACAAAGACUUUCGAAGAAACCAUUUAAAGAAAAGACGAAGAAAUGGAAGAAAUUAACAAGGGUCUUUAAGAGAUUAGAUAGACUUUAACAUUAAAAACAUAUGAAAUAGAACAGCUAGAAUAAGAUUUAAAAACUACUAAAGAGGAAGUUGUUUUGUAGCAACAAAAACUUUUUGAUGAAUAAAAUUUAAGAACCACAUAAGACACUCAAUUUAAAGUGUAGCUUGAAAAUUAUAUAAAAUCACAACAUAGAAAUUCUGAAAAUAUAGAUCUUUCUGAAAAUAAAUUUGAAUUAAUUGAAAAAUUAUAAGGACAAAAAAUAGAAUUUGAUGUCAAUAUCUCAACGUAGAAUGAAAAAUUAAAAAUAUUAGAAUAAUAGAUUUUGGAAUUGAGAAAUGAAUAAUUCAAAUACUUAGAAAAAAUAAACGAGUUGUCCGAAAUAAUUAAUAGCGACAGUGUAUUUAAAGAAAUGCAAAAGUAUAGAAUUAUUUAAUUUUAGAAAUUUCAUCUAAGAAAUAUUAAUACUUUUAAUUAAGUAAUCUGAAGGAUUAAAAAUACUUAGUUAAGAAGAAACAGAAAGUUAAAUUGAAGAUAAUUAUGAUGACCUAGAUAAAUUGAAGUAAAUUUUUUAUAUAUUUUAAUAGAACUAAAUUAAUGAUGCAAAUAAAUAUUCUUAAUCGUUAAGUAGAAUAAAUAAUUAAUAAUUUGAAGGAAGUUUAGUUGAAAUUUUCAUCUUCUACAGAGUAAAUUACUAAACUAGAAUAAUAAUUAAAAGAAAGUUAAGAAAAUUAGGCAAAAAAUAAGUUAUUAAUAGAAAGUCUAAUAUUAAAUAUUUCAGGGCUAAAUGAAAAAAUUGAAGGAUAUUAAAAGUCUUCUUCAGUUAAUAUAAAUGAUAUUACUAAGUAGCAAGAAUAAGAAAUGGAUUUAUUGAAAAAAGAUUAUUAAAAUAAAAUUAAUCGAAUUUAGGAAGCAUUACAUAGAAGAGAAUAAGAUUUUAAUGCUUUAAAGUAAUUUUUACUUGUAUUAUGGUAGUGAUUAGUAUAAUUAGAUGCUCCAAGAUUAAAUUAACAAAAGUGAAGAAUUAAAUAAUUUGAGGAAGAAAUAUGAUGAUAUUAUGAGUGAUAUAGACAGGAUGACGCCAACUAGGUCUCCUUCAAAUUCUAUCUCUUAAAAACCUAAUCAAAUAGAUUAGUAUUAAUAAUACUUCAUACUUGUAUUUUAAAUUUAUGAAUUAGACUGCUUAAGCUGUUGCUUUAAGUAGCGACGAUCCUAUGGCUGCUGCAGAAAUUAAAUUAAAAAACUUCUAUUAAGAAGCAAAAAAUCGCAAUUUACCGUUUCAUCAAGUAUUUUUCUUCCUAAUAUUUAAGUGGCACAUUUGGCUAUAAUUAAAACUUAAGGAAGAACUCUCUAAGAAUAGAAAACGGUGA